GACUUGACUUUUUCUCUUGCCGUUGAAGCAAGUGAGAAGAAGAACCAAAUCCCCUCCCUGUUCGAUCUCGCCGCGGUGAAGUGACGAUGAAGCCGGAGACUUUAACAUUAGUUCUAGUGUAUCUCGCCGGAAUCAUGGAAAGAGCCGACGAGUCUUUACUUCCUGGAGUUUAUAAAGAAGUAGGAGAUGCACUACACGUAGAUCCCACAGCUCUUGGAACUUUAACUCUGUUCCGGUCUAUUGUUCAGUCUUCUUGUUACCCUUUAGCCGCUUACUUGUCUUCUAGACAUAACCGAGCUCACGUCAUCGCUCUCGGCGCUUUCCUCUGGGCCACUGCUACGUUCCUUGUCGCCGUUUCCACCACUUUUUUACAGGUGGCAGUAUCAAGAGGCUUGAACGGGAUAGGGCUGGCCAUUGUGACACCAGCGAUUCUAUCACUAGUAGCUGACUCAACUGAUGACAGUAACCGUGGCGUGGCAUUUGGAUGGCUAGGACUAACUUCAAAUAUUGGUUCUAUACUUGGCAAUGUUUGUUCUAUCCUCUUAGCCUCCAAAUCUUUCAAUGGCAUUGCUGGCUGGAGAGUUGCCUUCCUUUUGGUAGGAUUUGUAAGCGUGAUAGUUGGUAUCUUGGUCCGCCUCUUCGCCAGUGAUCCUCAUUACAGCGACAAGAAAAUCACAAAACUUGACAAAGGCAAACCUUUCUGGUCAGACAUAAGUGAUCUAUUGAGAGAGGCAAAGAUGGUUAUAAAAAUUCCAUCUUUCCAAAUCUUUGUUGCUCAGGGAGUUUCAGGUUGCUUCCCUUGGUCAGCUUUGGCUUUUGCACCAUUGUGGCUAGAACUCAUCGGUUUCUCCCAUAAAACAACCGCGGUUCUAAUAACUCUCUUCACCGUUUCUUGCUCUAUCGGAGGUUUAUUUGGAGGAUACAUGGGAGAUUCUCUUGCCAAGAAGUUCCCUAAUGCCGGUAGGAUCAUCCUAUCUCAGAUAAGCUCUGCUUCGGCGAUUCCUUUAGCUGCGAUUUUGCUUAUCGGAUUACCUGAUGACCCUUCCACGGCCUUUAGCCACGGUCUAGUUAUUGUCAUCAUGGGAUUAUGCAUGUCAUGGAAUGCUGCAGCUACAAACGGUCCGAUAUUUGCAGAGAUUGUUCCAGAGAGAGCACGGACAAGCAUCUACGCGUUAGACAAAUCAUUCGAGUCAAUAUUAGCUUCUUUUGCUCCUCCUAUUGUAGGGAUGCUUGCUCAGAACAUCUAUGGAUAUAAACCUAUCCCGGAAGGAUCGUCAAGCUCGAUCAAGGUUGAAACAGACAGAGAGAACGCAGCAUCGCUAGCUAAAGCACUCUACACAUCGAUCGGGAUCCCAAUGGUGAUAUGUAGCACAAUCUACUCGUUCCUAUACUGCACAUACCCGAGGGACCGAGACAGAGCGAAAAUGCAAGCUUUGAUCGAGUCAGAGAUGCAUCAACUCAACGAAGAAGAAGAGGAAGAUGAGAUCGAGGUGAAAUGUCUCGGAGGAGAGGAACAUGAUGAGACUUAUUUGCUGAAGCAGCAUCAGAGUGAGAGUGUCAGAUGAUAUGGGUUAUUGAGCUGACAAUAGGGUUCCAUACUUCAAUGAUAGGAAAAUGGGGUGAUGCUUACAAUUUUUGUAAAAGGAAAGCACUUAAGUGCAAUAUACCGGUAGAUAACAAAACAUUACAAGAACAGAGUGAUUUUUUUUUUUGGUUCUUGUAAGGAAAAUAUAUUAAUGAGUGUUGAAUGAUACA